GAACAAAGCCUCUUUCCCCUCCCCCAUCAACCCUCGCCAUGGCUCAGCGAGUCAAACUGCGCCAGCGCAUCCCCGACGAGCCUGAGGACGUUGCGUACGGCCGCUUCCAAGACGAUGAGCACGUUCAAGAUGUAUUCCAGAACCCAAGGCGACGCAGCCACAUCGAGCAGCUUCUGGACACACAACAAUCCAGUAUCAUAGUCAUAUCCGUCAUCACCCUCCUCUCCCUCUUCUUGCGCCUGUACAAGAUCAGCAAUCCGGACCAAGUUGUCUUCGACGAGGUCCACUUCGGCAAGUUCGCCGCGUACUACCUGCAAAGGUCCUACUACUUCGACGUGCAUCCUCCAUUUGCGAAACUCCUCUUCGGACUGGCGGGCUGGUUCGUGGGGUUCGACGGCAGCUUUGAGUUCGAGAACAUUGGCGAUAGCUACAUUACGAACAAUGUCCCCUACGUCGGUAUGCGCAUGCUGCCGGCGCUCCUCGGCACGGCGACGGUUCCCCUCGUGUACUUGAUCAUGAAGGAGUGCGGUCACUCGACGGUGGCGUCUGCGCUUUCGGCUGUCCUUGUUUGCUUCGACAACGCCCACGUCGCGCAGAGCCGUCUCAUCCUUCUUGACGCGACCCUCAUUUUCUUCGUCACGGCCACCAUGUACUGUUACAUCAAGUUCAUGAAGCAUCGCUAUCUGGAAUUCACGCAGAUGUGGUGGUUCUGGUUGAUAUCUACUGGCGUCAUGAUGGCCUGCGCAUGGGGAUCGAAGGUCAAUGGCAUCCUCUGCGUUGUUAGCGUUGGCAUUGCUGUCCUCAUCGACCUUUGGGACAUUCUCGACGUCCGCAAGGAGGGGCACACCAUGGAAUACUUCUGGAGGCACUUUGCGGCGCGUGCGCUAGGCUUCAUCCUCGUCCCCUUCAUCAUCUACCUCUCGUUCUUCUGGGUGCACUUCAAGGUGCUCAAGAACACCGGUCCUGGCGACUCGUUCAUGAGCCCUGCAUUCCAAGAGACGCUGGUUGGUAACGAGCUUCUACUCAACAGUCAAGAGAUACGCUAUUACGACGUUGUCACGAUCAAGCACAAGGACACGAAAGUCUUCCUGCAUUCUCACGACGCGCAUUACCCUCUGCGCUACGAUGAUGGGCGUAUCAGCAGCGCCGGGCAGCAGGUCACCGGCUACGCGCACGCUGACGCCAACAACAACUGGCAGAUCAUCCCCACCAAGGCGCUGCCCGAGAAGGGCCGCGGCCGCAUCGUGCGCAACGACGACCUCAUUCAGCUUCGCCACGUCGAGACGGACACGCUCCUCCUCACGCACGACGUCGCCUCGCCCCUCAUGCCGACGAACCAGGAAUUUACCACGGUGGCGAAGGACGAUAUCUCGCGUUACAAUGACACGCUGUUCUAUAUGCAGCUGAUCGACGGGUACGACGACGAGGUGUGGAAGAGCAAAUCGGGCUACUUCAAGCUGGUACAUGCGCCGACGAAAGUCUCGCUGUGGACGUAUCCGAAUCAGCUCCCGGACUGGGCCUUCAAGCAACAGGAGGUGAACGGGAACAAGAUGGCGUCGGACCGGUCGGCGACGUGGUAUGUGGAUGAGAUUGUGGCGGAUGAGGGUCAAGACGACCUCUACGACCGCCUCGGCGACAAGAAGCAGAAGGCGCCGAAGAAGAUGAGCUUCAUCCGGAAGUGGGCCGAGCUGCAGGGCUUGAUGCUCGCGCACAACGCGGGUCUCACCCAAUCGCACCCCUACGCGAGCAGCCCCAUCAACUGGCCGUUCCUGAUUAGCGGAAUCAGCUUUUGGACGGACGCGGAGACGCAGCGCCAAAUCUACCUUAUUGGCAACCUUGUCGGUUGGUGGAUCUGUGUCGUUGGGCUAUCGAUCUUUGUUGGCAUCCUGGGUGCUGACUUGCUGGCUCGCCGGAGAGCCGCGGAUCCGAUUCCGGAUGCCGUCCGCAACCGCCUCUGGAACUCGACUGGCUUCUUCCUCCUCUUCUGGGCUGUGCACUACUUCCCCUUCUUCCUCAUGUCCCGUCAAUUGUUCAUCCACCACUACCUGCCAUCGCACCUCGCCUCCGCCCUCGUCGCCGGCUCCGUCUUCUCCUUCAUCCUCUCCGAGACGAUUAACUAUCCAAUCUCCAUUCGUGGCCCGAGCACGCGCGCACGGCCGUCACAGUACGCGGAUCUGGGAACGAAGGGUGUCGUGGGCCUGGGUGUGGUGAUGAUGGCCAUGAUUGCGAUGUUUGUGUUCUUGUCGCCGUUGACGUAUGGGACGCCAGGAUUAACGGGCGAGCAAGUGAACGCGCGCCGGUUGCUGAAGAGCUGGACGCUGCACUUUGCGGCGAAGCAUAUUGACGAGGUGCCCAUACCGUUCGAGUAGACUACUGAUGUAUGCGGUAUGAGAUUGCUGAUGUACGCGCCUCUUGAAAAUGUACCAUGCCUUGGGAUGUACACCGUGAUCAGUACGGCGAG